AUGUCUGACUUUGAUGAUAAGCAGAGUCAACUUUCGGCCCUUUUCAAAGAUGCUAAUAAAACAAGUUUACAUGAUGCUCUAAAACGCGCAAAGGGUGACUUGGAUCGUGCGGUGAAUAUCUAUUUAGAUCAGGAGAGACGCAAACGACCAUUGAAACAGCCAAAACUAGAGCAUUUUUUUGAUAACGUGUCUAAAAAAAUCAAAUUAAAUGAUUGUGAUAUCCACUCAACCGGUGAAGAAACGAAAAAAAUUAUGCAAAAUGACAACUUUCCAACAGAGACUGCUAUAAUUCAACAAACUUCAAUUAAAAAAGUUAACCCGAAUGACGCAUUUAAGUGGCCUUCUUUAACAAAUUCAUACAAUUUAAAAAAACCACGUAGAAUUAUUCAACCUGUAUUAAAAUUAUUCAGACCGCAAGAUAUCAGUGAAAAAACACCAUGUACACUUAUUCACGAUGUGCUACCCAAGGAAUUGGCAAAUUCUUUAUUAAAAGUUAUGCUUAAAGAGUCUGAGACAUGGCAUCGAAGUCAAUGGUGGUUAUUUGAGCGGAUGGUUACCUCUCCACGCACAUCAUCUUUUUACAUUUCAAAUGAAGUCAAGAACACUUAUGAUGGUGAUGUCUAUUUUAACGGUAAAAAAACUUCGAAUGCGCGACAGUUUUUACCAGAAAUGGAAGAAGCAAGAAAGAUCAUAAUGAACAUUGUUAACGAAAAACGCAAGAAAAAAGUGAUGUAA